GUGUAUGUCUGUGUGUGUUACGUGGAAGUGUAUGGUUAGUGUUUGUGAGGAGGAUAUUGAUUUAAAUAUCUAUAAAGAAUUCUGGGAAAUUGUGCUCAGAUGAGCUCAUAGUAACUGAAUAAUUGCGUUUCAUUGUGCAGUUCAGGAGAAACAGGUCUGUCUUCAGCUUUGAUGCUGCUGCCAUCUAAAGUUUCGUUUCCUACAAAUGAUACUGAGACUUCAGCGGGAAACGAAAGAAACUAAUGUACCGGGAAACGAGCGUGCUUUUAGGGUUGGGCAUCAGCAGCCUUUAUAAAGAGGAGAACGGAUGGACCUGCGUUUCUUUGGCAAACUUGUGGACACCAGAACGGAUGAGACUCUUCAAAUAUGACUGAGCAUGCAUGCCAGGAAGGAUGAGUUCCAAGACAAAGAAAAAAACGCGGACGUCCUUUGGGGCAACAGCGCCGCCCUUCAUUGACUACCUGCAAGAUAUUCUACGUCGAUAUCCAGAUGGUGGACAAAUUUUGAAAGAGCUGAUUCAAAAUGCAGAUGAUGGUCAAGCCACAGAAGUGAUUUUCAUCCACGAUGAGAGAAGCUAUGGGACUGAGAGCCUUUGGACUGAUGCAUUGGGAGAAUACCAAGGUCCUGCUCUCUACGCCUACAACAACGCAGCGUUCACUGAGGAUGACUGGAAAGGAAUCCAGAUGGCAGGGAGAAGUGUCAAACGCAAUGACCCAAACAAAGUUGGGAGGUUCGGAAUUGGCUUCAACUCUGUUUACCACAUAACAGAUGUGCCAAGUAUAUUCAGUUCAGAGCACCUUGGCAUGAUGGACCCCCAAGAAAAAAUAAUAUUUGGAGGAAGACCAGGAGGUUUUCUGUGGUCUCUGGAUGAUGCAGAGCACCAAGAAGCUCUAAUGUCUAUGCAUGAUCAGUUUCAACCCUUUCGAGAUAUAGUUUCGCUUGUAAGCAGACCAGAAUGGUCAGAAGUCAUCAUGGAGGAUCAACACUUUGAAGGGACAAUUUUCAGAUUCCCCUUGCGCAAAGAGGCAUCAGAUAUUUCAGAUAAUCUGUAUGACUCUGACAAGGUGGUUGACCUUUUUGAUAGCUUCAUUGCGGAUGCAGACUUGAGCCUUCUGUUCCUGAAAAAUGUGACCUCUGUGUCCUUGAUACAUAUCGACGUACAUGGCACCGUUAACACCAGACUUGAAGUGAAAUCCUCAGUCCCCACAGGUGUGGUUCUGGAGUCAGAAGAUGAGUCAAUAAUCGAGGGUUCUACAAAGUUCAAAGUGAUAACCCUCAACUCAGAAGACCACAAAGAAACAAAGUGGCUUCUGACAACCUGUACCAUGAAAGAAGGCAACGUAGAAAAUCUUGAUUCACUUGCAAAAAAGUUGAGCUUUUUCCCUCAAGUUGACUUGGCAUUCCCUUGUGGUGAGAAGAGAGACUGUGGUGAGAGUAGACUGAGCUGCUUUCUCCCCCUCCCAAACAAUGAAUCCAACAAGACAGGACUCCCAGUUUACAUCAACGCAUGCUUUGGCCUCACAGACAACAGAAGACACAUCAAGUGGCAAGAGGAAGACCAGAAACACGACGAACACGCUGUGUGGAAUGAACUGCUGAUGAAGGAGGUGCUCCCACAGGCAUACCUCACGAUCAUUAAAGAUGCCAUCAAACUUGCCCAAGAAUCUGUUCUGCCUGUCUCUUCCGUGUACGACCUGUGGCCAGAUAUCGACCAGAUAAAGCACAAAGAAAAAUGGUAUGGCGUUGCUCUGGAUGUUCUUCAUCACUUAUUCAGACAGGAAGUGGCUGUCCUCUCUCUUGCCAAAGAUGAAAGACAGUUUAUCACUCCAUCGGAAGCUGUGUUCCCCUGUAAUGGUCCAACAAGCCCUGCCAUAUUGGCCGCCAUUAAAAGGACUUUGGUUUCCUGUGAAGAAAAUCUUGUCACUUUACCAGGUAGUGUUGCAAGAGCUAUACAUGAGGCCCACCCACACCGCAACACCCUAAAACAUGUGACCCCAACUUUCCUAAGAGACAUUCUCCGCAGGAUUGGCGUGCACACCGUCUCUAAAGACGACAAACUCUGUCUUUUGGAGUACGUUUUGAGCGAUGGAAAAUACAAAGAGCUCAAGGGUCUUCAGUUGCUUCCACUCAACGAUGGCUCUUUCAGAUCUUUCACAGACAGAGAGGAGGACACUGCUUUAAUUGACAGCAACGAAUUUCCAAGAGUCUUGCUACCAUACUGCAAACACCUCUUCAUCUCAGAUGAUCUCAGUCCAGCCUGCAGCACCCACCUGAAAGAACUGGCCAGAAAAAAUUUAUUCAAGGUCAUCAACAUUGACGCAGACCGGGUGGCUGAAUAUACAGGGAGGUAUUUGCCACAGGACUGGAAGCAGACGAGGACGGGGCUUGUUACCUGGGACAUCAGCAGCAGCCAACAUCCGCCUUUAGACUGGCUCCAAGAAUUCUGGAAAUUUCUCAACACUCACUUCAAAGAGUUAAGUAAUUUCACUGGAAUGCCAUUAAUACCAGUCAGUCCUCUGUCUGUCAGUCAGCCUGUAUCACUAGCAAGACUAGAGCAGAACACAACCCUCAUUUUUCAGAAAAACAAGCAGGGGAACUUGCCGGAACAAAUAGCUCAGUUAGUGAACAAAGUCGGUGGCACAGCGGUGAGAGGAAACGAGUGGCUCAAGCACGAAGACCUAGACUCAUAUGUUCUGUGCCCAUCUCCAAAGAGUGUCAUGAAAGUCUUGGUGAAUUUAGUUUCACAGGAUGUCAUCAGAAAACUCGAGACUGCCUCUAACAGAGCACGAGAAGAACUGAAAGAUUAUCUCUCUCGUCUGGAUUCUCUCUCAGUCACUGAGAAAGAUUUGCUCUCCAAGUUGCCUCUGUUUCAAACCAUGAAAGGAUCCUGCGUUGCUGCUCAAUCAAAACGGGCUGUGCUUCUAAUUUCUGGUCUAAAAGUACCAACAGAGUUCCCCAUGCCCGAUUCAGUUGUGCAGUGUGCAACUGAGGCUGAUCGCAGACUGUUGCAGCUGCUCAAAGUCGAUCUCUUGGACACCGCCGAAGCAGCCAAUCUCCUCGUUGACUGUAUUGAGAAGGGGGCUUGCAGGAAAGAAGACACUGAGAAAAUCAUGACUUGGAUUUUACAGCACGGUGAUGUCCUUUUCUCUCAAAAUCAGACCUUGAAACGCAGAUGUAAGGACUUGAGCUUCAUUGGAGUGAAUGGAAAGCUGAAAAAGACCUCCAGCUUUUUUGAUCCAAGAAUUGAAACCUUUAAAGUCAUCUUUGAGUCUGAUUUCUUCCCCCCACCUUUAUACACUCACACAUCGCAGAUGCUGCAAAGCCUAACAGAUCUUGGAUUGCUAAAUAAAGAAGUAGAUGUGUCACCUGAGCACGUCAUGCAUGCCGCCACACUGAUUGACAGAUCACAUGUUGACUCUCAAACUGAGGCUCUCAAAAGAGCUCAGGUGCUCUUGAAGAUGUUGAAUACUAAUGAUCUGCUGUCAAAGUUUUCUCAUGAGCAACUCAAUCGCCUCAAAAUGCUAAAAUGGGUCCCAUGUGCUAAGCCUGGUAAUGACAAAAAAUCUCAGACAAGUUGUUUCUUCUGCCCGGAUGAGAUAAGAGAUUCUGUGUACGAGGACAUUGUUGGGCAUGUAAUGCCUCUGGUGGGAAAGUUCAGUGACAGAGUUAGCAGCCAACUUGGUCUCAAACGCCUACCCCCACCUGAAAAAGUGAUAGAGAAUUUGUCAGUCUUGACAUCAAAAGCACAGAAAAUGAGUGAUCCUGACACAAAUGUGGAUUUCAAAAGGAAGUUGCAUAGCAUUUACAAACACAUGCAAGACCACAUCUCUGAAUUUUCAACAGUGAUGAACAAAGACACACCCUGGAUGUGGAGCCACAACAAGUUUGUAUCACUUCAGGAUGUGGUUCUAGACUACCCACAAAAUCUUGAUUUGAGCUCUUACAUUGGAAAGGUGCCAAAAGAAUUUCGGCCAUACAAGAAGUUGCUCCGGGAGUUUGGCCUGAGAACGGUGCUUUCAGAUGAAGAAAUUGUUGGCAUUCUUCAGUCUAUCCAGCAAACCAUUGAAGAAAGGCAACAGCCAUUUGCAAGUCCCUCUGAGGUAAAAGUGUCAAUAGAAAUCCUUAACUGGCUUUGGAGAGAGAAGAAGACCGUUCAAGAUGACAUCCCAGUGCCAGUCCUCUUAGAGGGUGAACAACAUACCCUUAAACCACUGUCAACAGCAGUCUUCUGUGAUGUGAGCAAAAAUGGGUUGAAAGAGCUCAAGUACAGCCAGGAGGAAAUUCAUGUCGUACAUGAGGAAAUCCCAAUAGCAGCUGCUGAAUGGUUUAACAUCCGAUUUCUCAGUACCUACAUCCUCGAUCCAGAGUUAGUGGGAAUAGAACAGUGUGGACAAUCUGAACCGAUAACCACGAGGAUUAAAAACAUUCUCAAAGAGUAUGAUGAAGAAAGUGACAUCUUCAAAGAGCUCAUUCAAAAUGCAGAGGAUGCUGGGGCAGAAGCAUGCAAAUUCUUGGUGGAUUUCAGAGUGCACAAAGACGCCCCCGAAAGUCUCAUUGACCCUGACAUGACACUUUGUCAGGGACCUUGCCUUUGGGCAUUUAAUAAUGAGCAGUUCACAGUGGAGGAUUGGAAAAAUAUUGUCAGAGUUGGUGCUGCCUCGAAGGAAAACAAGGUGGAAAAAAUUGGAAAGUUUGGACUUGGAUUCAAUACAGUGUAUCAUGUGACAGAUGUUCCUUCUAUCCUCAGUGGCAACAGUCUUCUCAUACUUGAUCCAAAUGUAACUCACCUCAAGAAGCACAUCAGAAACAAAGCAAUUCCUGGAAUCAAGCUGGAUCUCUCUCAGAAACGACUCUUUCAUUGCUUUCCUGGUCAGUUUGGACCAUACGAACGCAUUUUUGAUUGUAAUUUCAGCAGACAAAGUCCCCCUGAGCCCUAUCCGGGCACUCUGAUCAAACUACCUUUCCGAACUGAAGAAGAGGCUCUUGAGUCAGAAAUAAGUGCAAAGGUGUAUCACAAACACAAUAUCAUCACUUUUCAACAGCACUUAACUAACAAUUCACAAACUCACCUGCUGUUUUUGAAGAACAUCAAUACAUUAUCUCUACAAAGUGUCUCAAACGAUGUUUCAACUCCGCCAAGAGAUGAUGAAAUCGAAACCGUCCUCACUGUCGCCAAAACCACUGUGAGUACAAUGAAGAUUCCUGAUGAAACCAAUGUGACAAAGCAGCAUCAAGCUGAGAAAUCAUUGGGGAAACUUGAUGGAAAAUGCAAAGAGGUCAUUGACUGCUGCACAGUCAACAUUGUCCAAAUAACCAGUCAGCAAUCUGGUGUAACUGAAGUCCAAUCCUGGCUCCUGUACAACUGCUUUGGGACACAUCAGUGUUUGCAAAUGGCUCUUCAAGGAAACAAGCAAGCCAAGUUCUCUUUGCCCAUCGGGGGGGUUGCUGUGCCUUUGCAAAAAGAUCCAGAAACUGGGAAACUGGCCCCAUUACAAACGGAUCUUGUUGGACAGGCAUUUUGCUUCCUUCCUCUUUCCAUUCACACAGGUCUUCCAGUCAAUGUAAAUGGAACAUUUGCUGUGACGAGCAACCGAAAAGGUCUGUGGGAGAGUGGGGUGAAACAUGACUGGAACAAAGCCCUUCUUCAGGAUCCUGUAGUGACAGCAUAUGUUACUGCACUUUCGGCACUAAAGAAAAUGUCUGAAAACGAGCAACUGGAAACUUACUGUUACCACACCUUUUGGCCUAAUAGAGAGAAAGUGAGUGAAACUUUCAAGCCUUUGGUUGAUGCAUUGUACUCCACCAUUGCUCAGCACUCCAUUGGCCCAGAGCUCUUUAGUGAUGGAGAACAUUGGUGCUCAAUGAACAAUGCCAUAUUUCUACACGAGAGCAUCGAAGAGGAUGAAGACAUCAGUGCACUUGCAGUGCAGGUGUGCAAGGAACAUGCAAAAGCACCCAACCAUGUUGUUUCCCUUCCACUGUGGUUGAGAAAUAGCUUCAAACAGGCUGGCCUAGAGAAGGUUUUACAGAAGAGAACAUGGAACUGGGACAAGUUUUACCAAGAAGCAGUGUUUAACAACCUUGGUACCAUGGACCCUAAGAGUAGAGAUACUCUCGUGCUGCAUGCUAUUGACCUUGAUUUCAAAGAAAUUGACAAACUACUGGUCAGAUAUCCGUGCAUCCCUGCAAAAGGCGGACAGCUCCAGCACAUCAGGAAACUUGUGAAUCCGUCAGGGAAAGUGGCCUGUCUUUUUGAACCAGAAGAAGGACGCUUGCUUGGUGGUACCAAAAAUGACUUCUGCUCCCCCAAAAGGAUUCAACGCUUGUUGGAACUUGGAAUGGCAAAUGAUCGUCUCCCACUGGAAGACAUCACAGAGAAAGCAGGCACAAUCACCAAAACCUGGAGCACUGACAAAAAGAAAGCAUGGGGGCAUUUGAAUUGCCUUCUUGAACUUAUGAAGAAUCACAUGAAUGAUGAAGACUCUCUCCAUUGGGAAACACUGAGGAUGACUGAAUUUCUCCCAGCAUUUUCCCCCGGUGAUACAAAAAUGGAAAGAAAUGUCACACUUAAAAGGCCCACUGAUAUUUUUAGUGGCAAAUGCUCCCCACUCGUUAGCAUGACACAACAUGUGCUGGAUCAUACCAAUCUGAAAAUACACAACACUGAUCCAGUCCUGCAAAUUUUGGGAGUCCAUGACAGUCCAAGGCCUGAGAAUGUGUUCCAGCAGCUGCAAGAAGCAUGUGAGCAAUCUCAAUCCAUUGACACAUCCGUGCUUCACAAAAUAGCGUGUGAAUGCUAUCAUUUCCUGAAUCAGUGGCUCAGUGAUUCUGGGGACUCCACUUUCAUCUCACAGAGGGCAAAUUCAUUCCCAUUCAUUCUUGUUGGCAGUACAUUUGUAAAUGUGACUCAUGUAGCUGAGAUUGGGCAAUUUGAAGCAAAACCCUAUCUCUAUGUACUCCCAACUGCCUUCAUUGAUUUCAGGAGGCUCUGGGAAAGUGUAGGUGUUGAAAAAUGUUUUACAACCAGUCACUUUCUGACUGUGCUCCAGGAGUUGCACUCACAACAUGGUAAGAAGACCCUGCCAAAGAGUGACCUAACAAUUUGCCUCAAAAUUCUAAAAGGAGGGAUAUAUGAGGCCAAAGAGAAAACAACGGUUGACUAUCUGAUACCCAAUGCAGAUGGCAUUUUACAACCUGCAAGUGAGAUGUUUUUCGAUGACAGCCCAUGGAUGCCAGUCGCUUCAGGUGUCACAUUAUGUCACGAGGAUAUUCCACGUGUUAUGGCUCGCCACUUUGGAAUCAAAACUACCAGGCAUCAUACCCUGCAAAACCACGUAGUUGAGAACAUUUCACCAUUCGCUUUUGAGUUCGAACAGCAGGAAAAACUAACUGUACGAAUUAAAAACAUAAUUUCAGCCUAUCCAGCAAAAAAGGAUAUCCUUAAAGAGCUUGUCCAAAAUGCUGAUGAUGCAGAGGCUACAGAGAUUCACUUUGUUUGGGACAAACGCCAGCACGGCAAAGAAAAAACAUUUGGGAAGAAAUGGAACCAACUGCAGGGUCCAGCACUGUGUGUGUUCAACAACAAAGUGUUUUCUGAUGCUGACCUGGCUGGCAUUCAACAGCUGGGAGAAGGAGGAAAGCACAACUCUCCAGGGAAGAUAGGAAAAUAUGGAGUAGGAUUCAACUCUGUUUACCAUCUGACUGACUGCCCAUCAAUCCUCACUGGAGAUGAACUACUCUGCAUUUCUGAUCCCAAUCAAAAAUACAUUGAAUGCCAUUCAAACAAACCACCAGCUGGCACUGGCUAUACACUAGCUGACACUUUCAAGACCAUGUACAUGGAUGUCUAUGAAUCCUUUCUUCCAGACAAAUUUCCUCUUAAAGAGGGCACCAUGUUCAGAUUACCUCUAAGGAUGGGUACCAUGGCAAACAGCUCUAAAAUAUCACAGCAGGGAGUCACUGACCAUGACAUGAAGGAGCUGUGCUCUGCACUCUCUGAAGAUCCUGAAGGACUUAUUCUCUUUCUGAAAAACAUCUGCAAAAUACAAGUCCAUGAAAUCAAUGAACAUUCAGAGAAACUUGAAACAAUCUUCAUGGUUGAAAAAAGUCUGCCAGAGAAAUUCAGAGAAAGUAAAGAUGCCUUUGUAAAACUUCAACAAAAUGCGCUACAAUCUGACAAACCAAUAACGCCAGACAAGGCCAUUUACGGAACCGUGAUUUCAACCUCUGACAAAAGACAAACUAAAUGGAUCAUUGCAGAACAGUUUGGCUCAUUCAAAAACAGAGAACUAACACUAUCGGACAAACUUCCCCAAGCAGCAAUAGCGGCGCGUGUGAGCACAAAGAUGGGCAAAAGUUCAGAUAUACCACCAUCCAGACCUAUGAUUUUUAAUGGAGAAGCCUUUUGUUCCCUUCCUUUGCCAGGGAAAACUGGACUGCCAGUGCAUGUCAAUGCAAACUUUGAGGUAGAUUCUGCCAGGAGAAGCCUUUGGAAAGAAGACGGGCAAAGUCUGAAAUCUAACUGGAAUGAAUCUUUGAAACAAAAUGUCAUUGCUCCACUGUAUGCAGAUCUCCUUCAUUACAUCAGCCAUAGCAUUGCAGACAAGAAAGUUUCUUCUGCAUGUGUUGAGUCAUACUUCAGUAGCUCGUACUUGUGUUUUUGGCCAACUGUGACCAAAGAUGUUGGUCAGGAUUGGCAUGAAAUGAUACAUGAGGUAUACAGAUCAAUCAAAGAAAGAGGCCUUAAUAUGAUUCCAGUGUUGAGGAGUUCAACACGCGUAAUUGCCGGCCGAGAAUUAAAGGAGUACUCUUUUGACUGGUGUAACGUCAGAGAAACUGAAACAACUAAGGCACCACACCUGACACUCCCAGCAAUGGAAGAGAUCAAUCCCAUUUUGGAAGAUCUUGGAAUGACAUUGGUUCCUUCUUCCAUGAACAGAGUUUGGAAAAGUUUCAGAGCCGCUGGCAUUGAAGUGAAAGAUGUGAAUCCUUCAACUGUGCAGACUUUCCUGAGAGAAAAACCCCUCAAUGACCCAACCCAAACGGAUGAGGAUUUACCGUUGCCCAUAACUGCCACUCUGAUCAGAGAUGAAACAAGAUGUUCAAAGCUCUUGAGUUUCUGCUUAAAAGAUUUCAACUGGAAAAAGGUCAACUCCAGUCUACUCGAUGGGCUUCCACUUCUUCUCACAAGAGACAAAGUUUUGAGAGUGUUUGACUCACAAUCUCCCAAGCUGAUAUCACGAUAUCAAAGUCUGUUCUUUGGCUACGAGGACCACUUUGCAGAUUAUCAGACCAACACAGCUCAUAGUCAUGCUCUACAAAGUUUAGGCCUUGUCAACAGUUUGACAGUUCCCUGUGCAGUGAAUUGUCUGAAGCGGUUAAUUAAGCAGCUUCUUCAGAACUGUGAAGUUGAUCUACACAGUGGUCUUCAUGUCCCAAACGAGACCAUGUUGAAGUGGUUGAAACCACUUUGGAUGUUCUUAACAAGUCAGAUUAAACCUGCAACAUCUAGUGGUGAUGAACAAAGUCUGACAAUAAGUGAUGUGAGGAAGCUCUUCAAUGACUGCUGCAUUUUACCCGUUGUGUGUCCAAGUUUGAACAACAAGCACUUCCUGCAAGCAAUGAAAGACAUGCCGAGUGUGAUUCAGUUCACCUCGGAAAAGGACAUAUCAGGCAGCCUCUUUAAACUUGGUUUUAUGAAGCUUGACACUGUAUUCUUCAGUGAUAUACAUGUAGGCCUACAUUCACUUCUAUAUGCUGAACUUAUGGAUGUGAAUGAUAAAAGCUCUGUGUUGGACCAGGUCUUCAACAUUAACCACUCAAAGUUUUCCAAGCUUUCCAAUGACGAGAUGAAAGAGCUUCAGCUUUUCCUGCAGUCUGGAGAAUCCAGGUCCAAAGACAAACACGAGUAUCAGAGAAAGCUCAAAUCCUUGCCAUUAUUUGAAACAAUACAUGGUAGCCGAGUGAGGAUUGAUGGACCAAGAGAGGUGUUUAUCCUCAACAGCACAUAUUCAAAGACAUUUCCAGAUUUGUUCACCCUGUCCGACAGCAACAGCAUUUUCCUCCAAAACAGUCCAGAGAACGGCAGUCUGUCACAAACAUUGAACAUCAAAACCCUGACUGACGUGGACUAUUUCAUGAAGUUCAUCCUGCCUGUUGUACACACACUCACAGAGAUGCAAAUGCUUCACUGCCUCAAACUGUUACUGUCACCACAAAUCAGUUAUCCUCAGCACAAGGACAAAAUCAUCUCCUCAAUAAAGAACGUGAAAUUCAUUCGCAAUUCACAAGGCAGAUUGGAGACGGCAUCAUACUACUUUGAUGAGAGUGUUGAGCUAUACAAGAAAAUGUUGCCCCAAGAGAGAUUUGUGCCUGCAAGAUUUUGGAUUGAGUUGAGUAAAGGAAAUCUACAAACAACAAAAGACCCAAAAGACUUACUCAGAGACCUUGGCAUGAAGCAUGAUGUGUCAAAAAAGGACAUAAUAAAUUUUGCAUCUCAGUUAGAAUCAGAAGCAAAAGGAAACGGCCAACUUAAAGAGUUGAAACUGAAGUCAUCAUUAAUUUUCAAAGCAGCCUGCGCUAUAGUGAAUAAUGAAGAAAACAAAAAGGAAAAGUUGCUGGAGAGCAUCGCUGACAUCAAGUUCAUUUUUCCUGUGAAAAUUCGAAAAGAACUGUGCAACUAUCACCAACCAUUUGCUGCUGAGACAACUGCUGUUAAAAUCAGAGGAUCUUUGAUGGAAAGCGAUCCUAAGCAUCAAGACCUGAUUUGGUCUGCAAUGCCGAUUAUACAUCUACCGGUUUAUAAGACAAAGAAUCUCCUGAAAUUGAUGACAAAUGCAGGAGCGCAUGAACAACCACCCUCACACUGUGUAACCAGUAACAUGAGCAACAUCUGUCAGUCGCCUUGUAAAACUGACCAGAUGAUCCAAACCCGUGGUAAUGUGUUUCGAAGUGCGUACGCCUACCUGCAAGCAAACGGGUUUGAAGGCCAACCAUUGGCUGGUCUUCCUGUUGUGUUGGUUGAAAAAGACAAAGAACUUGUGAGGACUGAUGAUGCGUCUUUUUCACUCGACCAUGAACUCGAGUUUAGACCGUAUUUGUACAACGUUUCUCCGCAGGAUGUCCUGUUCGCAGACUUCUUCAAGAAAAUUGGUGUAAAGGACAAACCUACUGCAGUGCAGUACUGUAAUGUUCUGGCAGCAGUUUAUGCAGAUUCCUGGGAUAAACCACAACUAAACCCAAACCAACAGAAAACUGUGAAACGGGCUGUUGAGCAGUUUUUCAAGUUAUUGAAAACUAAAGAAAGCCAGUCCCUUGUUGACGAUGUAAAGAUUUUGUAUCUUCCUGCAGUAGAUGGGAAAUUAUACCCAUCAUGCACACUCCACUACAAUGAUACAACGUGUGAGACCAAAAGGUUAGAAACAGCGCUGGAGAAUAAGUUCCUGUUGCUCGAGAAACUCAGUGAAUGUCAUUUGGGCAGUGACAUAUAUGUGCAUCAUCGGUUGCUGCAACUGCUGCCUCAGAAAUUCAAGCCUACAAUGCUGUCUCAAUUCACUGAGGAGAAAGUGGUGGAAACAAACAUGCAGCUUUGUGAGCUUGAGACUGACUGUGACUUUAGCGGAUGGUUUGACAAACAUCUGUCUUCCAGAGCAUUUACACAUGGACUCAUUUGUCUGAUCAGAGAGCAGUCUAAGGGAGAAAUAACACAAGAAGAUGCUACUGACAUGUGCAAGAAGACCUUUGGCAGUAUUCAGAUUGUCUGCUGCAAAAGUCUGAAAACUAUGCUUUGGGUGAAUAAACAGCCACUAAACAAAACUGCCACUGAAAUUGAUGUUUUUGUUCAAAAAGGGCAACAAGGUUGCAUCUUUUACUUGAAACACAAGGAUGCCAUGGAGCCCAUGGUGCUAAAUGACAUCAAUAUGACAUUGACAAAGGAGAUUAAUGCUCUUUUAGGGAACCGAUUGGCAUCAAAUCACCUCCUAGUCCUUGGACAACUUCUCUGGUGUGACAGUCUACAAGAUGUUCUGAAAACUCUGGCUAAGAAUGGGAUCCUUGACAGUGCUGAAACUGAAAGCCUUCGGCUUAAUCCAACAGCGCCUGGAACAGAAAUUCCAGAGGAAUGGCAUGACUCCUUGGACAUGAACGUGCUCAAUAACUUUGAAGAGGGGGAAUAUGUUGGCUACAGCACUAACGACAAGUACAUUUAUGCAGUUAUUGUUGAAGAACUGCCUGGGCAUUCUGGAUCAUAUUCACAGAGAUACAAAAUAGAAAUUGGAGAAGAUGAGCCAAUUGAAGUCAGUUGUCUUGACCUGUAUCAGUUCAAACGACCAAAGAAGCCAGAAUCCAAAGGGAGGACUUGCACAUCUGCUGAAGCUUCUUGCAUGGACCUGGUGCCACUAGUAGGAGCUGCACCACAUUCUUCCCAACCAUCAACUACCAGUUCGUCAUCUACGAGAUCCUCACCAGCCUCUAUUGAUGAAGCUAAAUGUGAAAUUGACAAAUGUUUGACAGAGAUCUGGACUCUUCCCGAGGAGGAGAGGCAUAAAGCCAUCAAACGAUUGUACCUUAGAUGGCAUCCUGACAAAAACCCUGACUGCCAACUUCUCGCCACCGAGGCAUUCAAAUACUUGCAGAAACGAAUUGAUGAGCUCAUCAAAGGAAAUGGCAAAGGCAAAACUGCAGGCCCGUUCUCCCCAAACAGAAGCUCCAAUUUCAGCAACUUCUAUCAGCAAUGGAAUCAGGAGGCCAGGCAUCACCGAGAUGGCCGAGAGAGAUUCUCUAGAGGCAACCAUUCCUACAACUUUUGGACCCAUAAUGAAAAUGUCCCAAGGCCGAACAAAGAGGAGGCCCAGCGCUGGUGCAGACAAGCUCGCUGUGAUCUCAACGCCGCUGACAAAGAAGUUGGUGGGGCGAGCACUGAGUGGUGUCUGUUCAAAAUCCAUCAAGCAGUGGAAAAGUCUCUCAUAGCUGCAACGUAUAAAGGAGAUGGUCAACAUCCUGCCAGCAGCUCCAUUUCAGCCCUUGCCAAGCAAGUUUCUCUCUACAACCUCCAACUGAGAGGUCUGCCUCAAAUUGUGGAGAGUCUGAAGAUGCUGGGAGUGGACGCAAAAAAGACUCAGUAUCCAAACUGCCAUCGAUUUCCCCAUAUCCCAAAUGAACAGUUCAAAUCAGAGAAUGAACUGUUGGCAGUGGAGCAGGCGUCUGAGCUUCUCCUUAAAGUGGAGGCAUAUGUGAAUUAGGGACUCAAGACACACAGACGUGUCAUGUUGGCAAUUUAAGAUAUUUUGACAUGAUAAAAAUGCUGUCAGCCAUAUUGUGAUAUUGAAACAUGACUAUAAACAAAAUAACGGUAUCAUUUGUUGAACAGGACAGACAUAAACAUGACUAUGUUAUGAAAAUGAAAAAGUUUGUGUUAUUUGUGACUCAUUACUGAAGACCUAAUCAUAUAAUCACUUUAGGUAUUUGUUGAUAAAAUGUAAAUAUCAAAGCAUUUUAUGCAUUGUUGUAAACAUUUAUGACAACUCACCGAGGACCAAAAUAAUCACUGUAUGACUGUUAUGAAAAUGAAAAUAUGAUUUUUUUGCAAUAUUAUCAUUUACAACUACUCACUUAGGAUCAAUAUAAUCACUGUAUGAAUUUGUUAUGAAAAUUUAAAUAUGAAGACUUUUCUUUGCAAUGUUAUCAUUUACAACUACUUACUUAGGAUCAAUAUAAUCACUGUAUGACUUUGUUAUGAAAAUAUGAUUUUAUUUUUUACAAUGUUAUUAUUUACAACUACUCACUUAGGAUCAAUAUAAUCACUGUAUGACUUUGUUAUGAAAAUAUGAUUUCAUUUUUUACAAUGUUAUUAUUUACAACUACUCACUGAGGAUCAAUAUAUCUGUAUGACUUUGUUAUGAAAAUAUGUUUUUUUUUGCAAUGUUAUCAUUUACAACUACUUACUUAGGAUCAAUAUAAUAUCUGUAUGACUUUUUUAUGAAAAUUAAAAUAUCAAAGGUUUUUGCAUUGUUAUCUUUUAUAUGUACUCAUUUGCAUCAAUCUAAUCACUGUACAACUUUGUUAUGAAAAUGAAAAUAUGAUCUUUUGUUUUUGCAAUGUUAUCAUUUAUAUUAUAGUGAAACACGGGCACAUAGAGAAAUGAUUGUGUUGUCCUUAGAAGUAAAUAAAUAAAUAAAAUGGAA